AUUUAGUGCAUUCUACCGGAAACAGGCAAGAUUACUUAGCCCCGUUGAAAAAUAAAGAUUUCGAACGCAAUGAAGGAACCCGAAGUGGACCCGAAGAAUAUUAUUAAAAGCAGAGAAUUGCUUUAUAGGCUUAUGAUCAGCCAAUUAUUUUAUGAUGGACAUCAGACAUUGGCAGUGCAACUAUCGAAUAUAAUUCAGGCAGAACCUCCGUGUCCUCCGUCUGAUCGUUUGCUUCACUUAAUGUUGAUCGGAUUAGUCCAUGAACCUGAUCGUUCUAAAAAGGAUACGGGUAACUUAUCUACGUUUCCUUCGACGUUUGAUAACACUUUGGGGCCUGGUUUAGACUUAGAAUUCGAGACAGAAGCUCAAACUCAAGCUCCAGAGCCGGCGCAAUACGAAACUGCCUAUGUUACUUCUCACAAGGGAAAUUGUAGAGCGGGAGCAUUUUCCGCGGAUGGUCAGUUAAUAGCGACCGGAUCGGUGGACGCGUCGAUUAAAAUUUUGGAUGUCGAUAGAAUGUUGGCAAAGUCUGCUCCGGAUGAAAUGGCACCUGGAGAUCAAACGGGUGGUCAUCCGGUUAUAAGAACGUUGUACGAUCAUUUAGAAGAAGUGACGUGUUUGGAGUUUCAUCCAAGGGAUCCUAUCCUUGUAUCCGGUAGCAGGGAUUUUUCCAUUAAGCUAUUCGAUUUUAGCAAGGCUAGCGUGAAAAAGGCAUUUAGGACAAUUACAGACGCGGAUCAAAUACGAUGUUUAUCGUUUCAUCCGACCGGUGAUUUUUUAGUCGUCGGAACUAAUCAUCCAGUCGUAAGACUGUACGACGUUAAUACAGCGCAGUGCUUCGUCUGUAGUAUACCGAGCCAUCAACAUACCGCUGGAAUAACGAGUAUCAAAUAUUCUCCGGAUGCAAAAACUUACGCAUCAGCUGGGAAAGACGGGAGUAUCAAAUUAUGGGAUGGCGUAUCGAAUCGUUGUAUAAACACUUUCGUAAAAGCGCACGAUGGAUACGAAGUAUGUUCGGUAACGUUCACGAGAAAUGGAAAGUAUUUACUGUCGUCGGGAAAAGAUUCUUUAAUAAAAUUAUGGGAAUUAUCUACUAGCAGAUGUUUAAUAGCGUAUACAGGUGCUGGAACUACAGGGAAACAAGAACACAAAGCGCAAGCUAUUUUUAAUCAUACAGAAGAUUAUGUAAUGUUUCCCGAUGAAGCUACAACAUCGUUAUGUGCUUGGAAUUCUCGAAAUGCAUCUAGGAAACAGUUAUUGUCAUUGGGACACAAUGGUCCCGUAAGACUGAUAGUUCAUUCACCGACUGCUCCAGCGUUCUUGACGUGUAGUGAUGAUUUCAGAGCAAGAUUUUGGUUUAGAAGAAUGCCGACUCAUUAGAUCGGCAUUGCGAUUUCUAGAGGACAGAUAUUCGUCUCAAAGUUAAUAAUUCAAUGAUUUUAUAUUACGUGUGGAUUUACAUAAGAUUACCGGACAAACAUAUAUUCUAUACAAAAAAUUCAAAGGAACAGACAUAUAUAACGAUGUGUGAACAACUGUACAAAAAACUGUCGUACAACGUACAACGUUCUUCGAUUGUCGCAUAGUUAACUACCGUGCCCCGAAGCGACAAAAGUUUACUUUGAUAGUUUAUGUUAAACUGGCAUACGAUCUAGUUCUAAAUCAUUGUACAUAACCGCUUCUCCUUACAUUGAAGUAAAAAGAACGACAAUGUCGUUUUCUUUUGAUACCAA